GUUGUCCACCCUUAAAUGGAAAAUGAAUCCAGUGACACCACUUUCAUUUAUAGACCAUAUCAUCAAGAGAUUUGGAUUGAUGACCAACCUAUGUUCGGAGUUCCAGGGGAAAUGUGAAAACAUCAUACUUGGUAUCAUCACUGGUGAGAUAUCUAUCUGAAAAAUUUGUUUGAGACUUUUGGAUGCAGGUAGUUUAUUGAUUAUAUAUUCGAUUAUAUAUUCGAUCAUGCUGAAUGCAGAUUCGAGGCUUCUGCAUUAUCCCCCAUCUGUAAUUGCAACUGUAACAUUGUUUUAUGUGAUCAAUGAGAUUGAGCCUUGCAAUGCAGUCGAUUACCUUAAUCAAUUUAUGGUUGUUCUUAAAGUUAGAAAGGACAGCAUUGAUGAAUGUCAUGAUCUCAUUCUAGAGCUAAUGGGCAUUUCUGGAUCCAAAAUCUACCAAACCCAAACACGCAAAUGCCAAUCUAUUCCAGGCUCUCCCGAUGGCGUUAUUGAUGCAUAUUUUAGAUGUGAAAGCUCUAAUGAUUCUUUGGCCGUGGCACCAUCAGUUUCAUCCUUGCCAGAACCUCAGUAUAAGAGAAGUAGAACAUAGGAUCAACAAAUUUUAUUUGCUCCAAUAAGUUCUGUGUCUGGUUUUAGAUCAGAGUUCUUUGCUGAGCUCACAUCCUCUAUUA